CGCUCACACUCCUGGAUGCAGGUCUCUCUGGAGCGCGUGCCAUGUGAAAAGCGCACGGUUUUGCCGGGAAAAUGCGGAGCUUCUGGCUGAAAAUGUGGUUCCUUGGAGGUCACCGGGGAAUAAUUUGAACAGUCUUUGGUUCGUUGGACACGUUUUGUUCUUCUUCUUUUUGUUCUUUUUCCCUUUUGGAAUAAAACCCCUGGGGAUGGCCAAGACGUCGCUUCUGGAUUUGGGCGUUUUGAUUUUAAUCGGAUUAACAGCCGCUCGCGCAAACGGCAUUUUGCUUCACAGGGUUGUCCCGCACGAGGAAAGAACACUGGAGCUCGAGAAAGUGAACAUGGGUGUGAGGACUGCACCGACAGAACAAGCCUGCAGAUCUGAUGACGGCCAUGACAGCCACAAGGAGGUUGCAGGAAUGCCACAUGACACUCAUUCACGUAACAGAGCCAAACGCUGCACGUGUUAUACGUACAAAGACAAAGAGUGCGUUUAUUAUUGCCACCUGGAUGUCAUUUGGGUGAACACACCAGAGCGCAUAGUCCCAUACGGCAUGUCAAGUUACAGAGGCUCUCUGCGUGCACGGCGCUCAGCGGAAAACAAGAAAACGACAUGGAGAUGUGUGUGCGCUCUCCAAAGCGACUCUCACUGUAACAGCUUCUGUGGGAAAAGGGGGAGGAUACCAUGGCCAUCUGUUACUGGAGAGCUAAGCCAUGCUGUAAAUGACCUGCCCAUGCAUUCUUCUGUCCUAACACCUGGACAUACCUUAAAGAAAAGAAGCUUAUCUGUCUGAAGAGAAGGAAGAAUUCCAUUAUCCAGGGGGGAGUGAUGUGAAAGGAAAGAAGAAGGACACAAUGGAGAGUUUGUGGAAUGCUUACGCAACCCACGAGCCCGUAGUUGGAGUCUGAUUCAAAGAGAGGAUAUUUAACCCAACUGGCUUUAUGCUAACUCAUCAUGUUACAGCUCGCCUUCUGCAACACCCAAGGCUGAUUCUUCAGGCCGACUGUUGGCUCAGCUUUGUCGCCUUUAAUUAAAGAUAUACAGAGCCAAGAACUAAGACUAACUUGCUAUAAUAAUAUUCAGAUUUCUGAAUCACCGGUCGGGCAAAAUCACCUGUCAGCAUUUGAUGGGUGUACAAUAUAGAUACCAAGAUGACAAAGAGCUCCUUUCUCAUUUUUAACCUACGGUAACGCUUCUGAUUAGAUGGCACUUAAAUAUGAACUCGCUAACAGAGAAAUAAAACUGAGGACUGUACAUAAAGCAACAAGUUUUCUAUCUAUAAUAUACCAAUAAUUAAUAUGAUUUAUAAUUUUUUAAUAUGAACACAUACAAUAUUUGUCCUUAUGUAACUUGUGGGCAUUGCAUUACUUUAAAAAAUCUCAGUAUACAAAUUCUAACAUUUUUUACAUUGCCAUAAUGUGUGAUAUAAUCCAGCCGAUUUCCAUUUUUAUUACUAUUAAAUUAUAUGUGAUUAUUGUUUAAGAAAAAACAACAUAGAUUGAAAAUUACUGGGGGUCAUUUAGGUGUCUUACAUUUCUAAGAUUUCAGAAUUAUAAUAAUGGCAUAUUGUGUCAAAUUGAACACAACAGGAACUGUUAUUUAAACGGUGCAUGGUAAACAGUUUAAGGAAAUAAAUAAAUUCGCAUAGCAAUAAAAAUAAUUUCUGAAAGUUCCUGCAAUUAGGAUAACAUUUAAUGAGAUGGGAUGUCUUUGAAACAAGUUUUCAUUUCGUUAUUGCAGUUAUUAAUUGUUAUUCUUUCAUUCUUUCUGUUUGUUUCUCUCUCUUGAGGAGAAUAAUGCGAACAUUUUAAUGUUUUUCUGAUAAACUAGAGAGCCAAGCUACUCAAUGUUUUCAAAGAGCUGACACUGGAGACGCUUUCCUUUCUUUUUUUCAAAAAAGUUUAAUAAAUCUCUUAUAAAUAUCAUAAAUGCUACAUAAAUAUAAUCAUAUCAAUUAUUACACAUUUCCCUUUCUUAUAUUUGUACAUUGUACAUUUUCUUUGCUAUAUAUGUUUUGCAUGUUUUAUUAAAUUAGGGUUAUGUUCACCUUAUUUCAUUACAAGUGAGGCGUCUUCUGGAUCUGAACUAAUACAGCUGACUAACUGGCGUGAGCAAAUAUGUAUUGAUUUUAGAAGACAGAUGCAUGCACAAAAAAAUCAGAUAAAAGUCAAUUAUGAAUUGUAAUUAUAAAUGUGAACCGUCAUGACAUGCAAAUCCGAUCUGAACAAACAAUCAGAAUUUAACAAUGUGACUUAAAAUGUGAACAUAGCCUACAGUAUGUGUAGUUUCUGCUGUGAUGUCACUGUUACUAUGAAAACAGUAGAGCUAAUGUGUGUCUAAUACUU